AUGCCAACUUAUCGCUUUGAACUCGCCCGCAGUGGCAGGGCUUCCUGCCAAACUGCAGAAUGCAAGAAAUCUGGGGAUAAGAUCCCCAAGAAUGAGUUUCGUGUCGGCACCUGGACCGAUAACGAACGCAUUCAAUCCUGGAUGUGGCGUCACUGGGGCUGUCUUACUCCGAAGAUCAUUUCUCAUAUGCAGGAGUCCAUCAAGAUCGACGACUCAGACGACUACAACUUUGACCAGCUCGAUGGCUUCGAGGAGCUGAGCGAGGAUUACCAGACUAAGAUUCGCAAUGCCAUUGCAGCUGGUCAUAUUCCCGACGAGGACUGGAAGGGAGAUGCUGAACUGAACCGCCCUGGCAAGAUUGGCUUCCGUGUCCGUGGCAAGAAGGCUGACGCGAAGAAGGCCGCCGACUCCGGAGAGGAGUCCCCGGCAAAGAAACGCGGCAAAGCUGAUGAGUCUGACGACGAAGAGGAAAAGCCCGCCAAGAAGAAGCGUGGUCCCAAGGCUAAGAACGAUGCCGAUGCUACUCCUGCUGCUGGACGCAAGAAGCCUGGUCCUAAGAACAACAAGGCCACCAACGAUGGUGACGAAGGUGAACCUGAGGUCGAAGAGAAGCCCAAGCGUGGCCGCAAGCCCAAGGCUACCCAGAACACUGAGGAAAACACUACCAAUUCCAAAGAAGAGCAAACUACACGUGCCAGUCGCAAGCGCGCUACUAAGACCCCUCCUGUUGAGACCGAGCCCAAGAGUAAUCGCCGCACCAAGGCUUCAGAGAGCAAGUCUUCCACGAGCAAGGGACCUGUUGAGGGAAAAGACAAGGCUCAGGGCGGCCGCGCUAAGAAGACACAGAGUGCCGAAGUCGAUGAGACUAAGAAGGCCAAGCGUGGACGUCCAGCUAGGAAGACCCAGAAUGGCAAUGAAACAGUCGCCAAGACUGACCAGGAUAACUCGACUGAGCCAACUGAGCCAACUGAGCCAACUGAGCCUGCUGAGCCAACUGAGCCUGCUGAGCCAACUGAGCCCGCCGCUGAAUCCGCCGCCAAUGACAGCAACUAA